GUUCGCGGAAUUGUGCCCCGGACUGCUCUAGCAUUUGCUGGCUUGAAGGCAAUGCCCUUCACAGUGCGGUUCCGGUGGCUUUGGCAUGUUCCACAUGUCUUUCUGAUCCUGAGAUCUGCUCUGGCACAGAGCACGCAUGCAGAGCAGUUCGAAGCACUCGGCAAUGAAGUCAGACUUGGCAAUUGGACACAGCCAGCUGGUCCGGCUUACGACAAUUACACACAUGGCCGAGUGAAGGCUCGACGGGCUAUGGCGGCAACAGUAGAUGCAAUCACAGGGACUGUAGAUGAAACUGCUUUGUUGGUCCGAGGCGUUGGAGACACCACAGCUGCCACUCUGGGCGCAACCCUUCGUCUCACUGGGGGUCUGACACGCGGCUUGGGACAGGCUGUGCAAACGUUUGGAGAGACUCAAGUUGUGAAGAGUGGCCCGCUGGCAGCACCUUCCAGAGUGUUUGCUGGUGUCUACAGGAUUGCUGCAGCGGUCUUGACUGGUGCAGGAAAUGCAACCAUUGGUCUUGGUGGCACGGUUGAAGGUAUUGCUUCAGAGGCAGCCAAGGUAGCCGAGGACAGCGUAAAGGUUCUGAGCGAGCCGACGAGAAGCCUUGGGCUGGCUUUACGUGGCCAGAGUCGGAAACCUCUUCCAGACUCAGAGAUGGAGACUGAAGCGCCAAAGCAGCCUUCACCUGCCAGCAGCUAUCUUGUCACAAGACCCAGGCAACGUCGAGUGGUGGAGCAAGUUGCGCGACGCCUCUUGCGAGAUGCAUUCGGCAGCCCCAGCGAGCGGACUGUGGCUCUAGCACCGCCCUUGACCUUGGCGCUGUUUGUGGCUUGGAUUCUUGGCCGAGCCAGCCGACCAAGUGGACCCAGCACAUCUGGUUCCUCGUCCUAUGCAGAUCACCUGCAUGUAGAGUCUUUGAUUCCAGAGAACGGUGAUCAAAGCAGACAAGUCUCAGAUGAGCGGACUUUGCCGCCUUCCACGGGUGCUAAGUUGUGGAGACAUGUGAGACAUUUCCGGCGUCGCCGAUGCAGCUGCUGUCGACGAAGCCCCGUGUGGCUCCAUUGUGCCGGUCUUGUGAUUGUUCUGACUGUGGUCCUUAGUGUGGAUCAAGAGCAGCAACGGAGAGCAAGAAUUGUAGAACAAGGCCUUGGCGUCUCAUAUAGUGGGACAACAGGCGAAGAAAGUGUUCGAUGGCUCAACAUGGUGCUCUCAGCUGUUUGGACUCCUUUGCAAAAAACAAUUUCGGGCCUUGGUGAAGAGCUGGCUACCCUGGCCACUUUUACUCUUUCUGCGCAAGAACAGGAUGCUUUGAGCAUUGCCUUUGAGAAUGUCACUUUUGGACUCAAUCCUCCGGUGUUUGACGCAGUGCGCAUGCCUCGUGAGACUGCUGCCCGGGCACUCCUGACAGCAAUGCAAGAAGCUCGGCAUCGUCGACCAGAAGGAAGUGUAGAGCCGCAAGUGGUGAUGCUGGAGGCAGAUUUCAUGUGGGUUGCUGACCGCUUCUUUGAGGUGGUUGUCAAAGCGAGUGCACGGUCCUCUGUUCGAUUGAAUCUCUUUCCUCAGCUCCGAGUACGUUUGCGAGAUCUUGUGUUCGGACCUGUGCCGAUAGCAGUUGCCAUGGAGGCAGCGCCACAGGGAUAUCCCUAUGUUGGUCUGGUCGCGCUGACCUUUCUGACUGAACCUGCAGUGGACUUCUCCAUCACACCUGACGGUAUUCUCGGAGGUGCAGUGUCGGCCUUGCCGCUAUUGCGCGAAGCCUUGACUGCUGGCUUGGUGUCAUCUUUACCAAACUUGGACAACGAUGACUAUCAGGUAUUGGUUUACGACCUUGGCGAGUACCUGGCACCAGGACUAUUCCCUGUGCCUUCUCCUGUGGAUCCAGCUGCCGUGGACAGUGCAGGGCGCCCCCAGCGACCUUCCUUUCGGUGGCCUUUUAAACUGCCCUUCUGGCACAGGAAUGCCACCAAGGCUAUGGACAUCCAAAAGUGA